AUGCUGGAAAAUGCGGAGAACAGCAUCAAGGUGAUUGUUGUGGGCGAUGGAAAUGUUGGUAAGACGUCGAUGCUGCGACGUUUCGUCAAGGGGGAGUUUUUGAGUCAAUACAAGCGGACUAUUGGAGCUGAAUUCAUGGAGAAAAAUGUCUUUCUUCGUUACUCCAACACAACCGUGAAACUAAUGCUGUGGGACACGGCUGGACAAGAAGUGUUCAACUCUCUCACACAGGCUUAUUACCGUGGCGCUGGUGCAGCGAUACUGGCAUUCAGCACUGUUGAUAAGGACAGCUUCAUGAACAUGGGAAAUUGGAAGAAAAAUGUAGAAAAUGUCUGCGGCCCCAUCCCAAUGGUGCUGUGUCAGACGAAAUUUGACCUCGCGCAUGAGGCUGCCAUUACAAAUGAAGAGGCAGAGCAGCUCGCUAUACAACUGCAGCUGCCCUUUUUUCGUGUAUCCACGAAGGAUGACUUCAAUGUGACUCAACUUUUCGAGUACACGGCUGGCAUGUGCCUUAGCGAGGAGCGGGCGGAGGGUCAGCGUGCGGUGUCGGAGGCGCCGCCAGCCGGAGCCGCGGAUGCGGCUGCAUGUGCAGCCCCUGCAGACAAUGGUGCGAAACCACCACGUCGGGUGGAUCUGGAUGAGAAGAAGUUAGGUGACAAGAAAAAGAAAAGGAAAAAGCAAUGUCAGCUUCUUUGA